GCCCAUCUUUCUUCAGCCAAUCUUUCUUCACUUCCUUCCUUUCUCUUGUGAUAUCUUUCUUAAUGAAGAUGCUGUAACCAUACGUACCUCUCACUGUUUGUUCAGUGUAAAAACAAAUUUUUUUAACGGUGCACUGUUUAUUUUGCCAAGUCAGCAAAAGGAUAAAGUCACGUGCAAUGUUUACUUAGCGACAACGCGAUCAUUGCGCAAAUCUUGCAAACUGCAGAAUCCUGAUCACUGAAUGUUCUUCCAAAUCUUUUGGCCAACAGAUCUGUUUACUCUUUCAUCAAGCAAGUGCAGAGCUAUGAUGCAUGGAAUUUCUCGACUAAGUGCAAGAAAAUCUCGCAGGCAAUCUGCUGGGAUCAAGUCUCAGCAACAGAAGCUGUCCUUUUUCAAAACUCUCAAGUCUGUUCUCCUUUGCUCAUUUUACAGCAAAGAUGAUGUGGUUGUCCCUUCUAAUAAGGGGAGAUCUGCCGAGGAGAUUGAACGACAACCUGGCAACCUUGAUCCCACUACUAGUACUUUGGACUCCGAUUAUGAUGAUGAUAUCAGUAUCAUCAGCCUUGGAGAGACCACAUACGUAGGAGCUGGCGCCUUGUCAAAGUCUCCUUCCUCGUCAGCUACCCCAGGCAAGAAAACGUUGCCUCCCGUCAAUCACAAGAAAGUUAACUCUGCACUGAAAAGUAUGCCAAAGCACGGGAGCUGGAAGGUUAUUACUUGUGGAAGCUCCUCCACCUCAACAAGCACCAAGGAGCAACCAGAUACCAAUAUUGUGGCCACGAUUGAUGAGCUCCAAAAGAAAAUUGAUGUGCUUCAGCAGACAAAAAGUGCUAACCUGCAAAAACUGUUGCAGCUGAUUGAGCAAAAUAAGAAAGCCGUAAAACCACAAGUACUGCUGAAAAACCUAAAGGAGACAAAAAUAAGUCUAAGAAAACUUCUAAGCGAAAACGAAUCCUUUGAAAGCAAACUCAAAGAGCUUGCUAGGUCUUGUUCUAAGACAACAGGUAUUGAAGAAAGUGGCCCAACAAAAUUUGAUGGUAGAGCUGUGAGCAACACCACUACAAAUCUACCGAGUAGCAGCCAAGUGCAUCUGAAUACAGUUGCACCUGCACCUUCGUCAGAAAAAGUCGUGAGAUUCAAUUCUCUCCCUACAGAGAAUGUCCGAGCUCAGUCUUGCCAUCCAGAUAACGAAAUAGGCCUUCCCCUGCGGCACAGCUCGGCUCUACGAAGAUUCCUGUUGGCCCCGAGUCCCAGCACAUCAUCAAGAAGUGAACAUAGGCUGAACGAAAUGAGACGGGUUGAGCGAGAGUCGCACGAGCCCAUGUUUGGCAAGAGGCCACGAGCUGCCCACCACUCACGCAUUCGCAGCGUGACACAGAACAUACAAGAAUACCUGCCUUACGAGUGCGAGCACCUUGAUAGUGACUCCGAAGAUGAAUCCUCAGUCUCAAGGAAGUACGUCAGACAACACCCUGGAAAUGAGGGAAUGAGGAAAUUCGAGCUUACACAAUGUGCAGCUCCCCAAACCACACGUCACUGUGAGAAUAUAAACUGAAUGACUGAACUGCAUGCACGUACAUAGCAAUAGCUAGUUCCCACCCCCAAACAUUCAGUUUAAUGUACGUAUAUUUUUUGCACUGCACGACAUACAUAGCAAUAGCUAUAGUCCCCACCCAAAAAAAUCAGUUUAAUGUUAUAUUAUUUUUGCACUUAUUGUAAUUGUUGUA